AUGAUGAACUAUCCCCAAACUUCGGGCUGGCAGGUCCUAGCGACCAAAGGAAAGAUCUUGGUAUCCUGUGUUCUAUGCCUCUUCUUCCUUGCCAUCGGGAUGGACGUCCGAGCAGAGCUCGGAGCUGGACACAACCAGAAUAAGAUUUCCAAGCGCGACACCACCAGUACCAGCACCGCCGCCACAAUCUGGCAACCAGCGGCCGGGGUUAAAUGGCAAAUCCAACUCAUCAACGCCGUCGAAGACACCACCGUCGACGCCGACAUCUGGGACAUCGACCUCUUCGACAACACUGCCGAGACAAUCACCACUCUUCAGAAAAAAGGCCAUAAAGUCAUCUGCUACUUCUCUGCCGGCACUUACGAGGACUGGAGGUCAGACAUCAGCAAGUUCGACAGCGCAGACUUUGGCAGCAACCUCGAUGAAUGGCCAGGCGAGCGCUGGCUGAAUAUCAAGUCGAGCAGCGUUCGUGCCAUCAUGAGUUCGCGUUUGGAUCUAGCGCAGCAGAAGGGCUGUGAUGGCGUUGAUCCGGACAACAUUGAUGCGUAUGGGAAUGAGAACGGUCUUGGGUUGACUGAGGCUGAUUCGAUUGAUUUUGUGACUUUCCUGGCGUCCGAGUCGCAUUCUCGUGGCAUGUCGCUCGGGUUGAAAAAUGGGGGUGACAUUAUCGGCUCGGUUAUUGAUAAAAUGCAGUGGUCGGUCAACGAGCAGUGUGCCGAGUAUAACGAGUGUGAUGUCUAUGCUGCCUUCACGGCAGUCAAUAAGCCGGUUUUCCAUAUUGAGUAUUCUGGGGACACUAUUGAGUCAGAUAGCUCUGAUGCUUCUGACUCGGCUACCUCCACUACCACUGAGAGCAAGGCUACCUCCACUGCCACCGCCACUGUCACUGCUAUCGCUACUUCUACUUCUGCUACCUCUACCGCUGCCACUGCUACUGCCACUGCCGCUACUGCUACUGCUACCACCAAGACUGACAGCACCGACAGUACCGACAGUACCACCGAUGCUGAUGAGGAUGACGAAGACGACGAGGACGAGGACGAGGAUGAGGACGAGGAUGAGGACGAUGAAGAGGAAGAUGAAUCCAGCACCGAUUCAACCAAGGAGCAAAAACACCGAUACGGACAUGGUCACCACAAGCUCCGAGCCAGAGCCGUUCUCUCCUCUACGUUAAAGACAUCUGCCUGCAAUGCAGCCAACGCCGAAAAGUUCUCGACUGUCAUCAAGAACAUGAACCUCGAUGCCUGGGUUGAAUAUUGCUAG